UAGUAGCUCGCGGACUGGCCAAGGGAUGGAACGAGCCCCGCGACUGUUCUCGCCACAGCACUGACUCGUCGUCAGGCUUCGGGAGAGCUUCCGUCGCCGAGUCGCCCGCCUUUCGUAGUGCUCUCGUCGAUGUUUAUCGACUUUUUCUCCGCCGGAGCUAUCGAAAAUCGUCCCUCGGACGCGUGCUUCGCAGUGUCGUCGGCUCCGGCUCCGUUCUCCCUGCCGUUUUUUUCAAUAUUCUCGUUCCCCGGGCUCGAUCCAGAGAUCCGGAAAGUGUCCACGGAUAAACGGGCCCCCGCGGAACUGUCAGAUGCCCCGGACCGGGCCGAGCCUCGAGGAAACGACAAAAUGUCUUGGAAGCAACAGCCUCGCCUCGCUCCGCAGCUCCCUCCGCUCUUCAGCCUCUGAAUCUCCAAGCUUUUCAGUCAUUCUCGACAAAUUUAUCGCCCCCGAGUACUCAGGAUAUCGUAACAGGCGGGGGACGUAGUUUUAUGGGGAUACGAUUCGAUGCCACGUACGAGCCAUAAAACAUUGGGCGAAACGAGCGUUCCGAGGGUCAUCCCUCGUUCCACGUCUCGAGCGCGAAAUCCCAUGAGAUCGUGUGUACGUCGUAGUUGCUCCUUUCGAAAGAUGUUUUUCGAAGUACGAUGGACGAUAGGCGCGUUGAAAAAUCGUCAUCGGGAGAACGCCAGUUCAUUGAAGGGUGAAUAGUGCGGACCGAGGAAGAGGGCGAGAGGAGGGUGCGAAUGUCGGUGGGAUGCAUCAUUCAAGGGCAAUUGUUUUGCGCUGCAGUAGCUUGGAAGCUCAUCCACGGAUACGUGUAAAGGGGCGGAGGUGGAUGGCGCAGGUUCUUUAGAAUUGCGAGGGGAUGCGUGCUAGAGGCGCGGAGGGUUGUCGAUCCUCGUGAGGAAAGAGAAAGAAAAAAAGGGCGAAGAAAGUGAGACAAAGGAUUUGUCGUUGCGUCUGUAAGAAGAGAAGAAGAAGAAGAAGAGAGUGAAAAGGGGUGAAAGCGAGGGAAGAAAAGAAGAUAAAAGGAGAUAAAAGCAGCGGGGAAUAAGGGAUGAAGCGAGAGCUUCGAGGAAGAGGUGGCGAGCCGGGUAACGUACACGCGUCCGGACUAUAAUACCUGACGCGGGAGCUCCGAGGACGUGAGGAAAAGAAGAAAGAAAAAAGGUAUUGAGAAUAGCGAUAAGAAAAAAUGGGAGAGAGCAGCCCCGACUUGAGCCUACGGCUUCGCCGAGGCAGCUCCGACUCCAGGGACUCGUUUUACAUGGACUUUGCACAGGGUAUCGAUUCGGACAUCGAGGAAGUUGCACGUCCCAAUGACAAUUCUGAUCCCAUACCGGACAACGGAUUGGACGAGAAUGGCGAAGACUUUCCACCGCUCGAAGAUAUCACGACGAUUCCGGAGGAGGCAUCCGAAGAGCUCAGAGAGGAGGAAGAGGAAGCUGCGGCUGCAGCCGCCGCCGCCGCCGCAGCCGCAGCAUCCCUCGAGACUCACGUUAGUUCGCGGCAGAAAACUCCCGAGCUGUUACUGUCUGGCGUCAAUGGCGACAGGGAAAACCAGAAACCGUCCAAUUGGCCGGGACUGCCGGCAGCCCUUCCAUCCCCCGCGUCGCCGUCCGCCGUAAUCGUCUCACCGGAAACUCUGUCUAGACACAGCAGCAGCUCACCGUCUCGGGCUCAUCACCCGGUAGCCCAAUUCGCACUCGCGUUACCAUGCCCCUCACAACCGAUACCCGCUGUUUGUUACCCGGCACCGGCUUAUCUCGAAGUCGCCGAUGGACCGGUCAGGAAUCUUGGCGCGGACGCCCUGGCGACGACUCUCAGCGCACUUUAUGGAAAACUCCUGGUUGUUAUGGGGAUCGCGUUCCCGAUGGCCGAAGUCAUAUCGACCUACAUUCCUCCCUCGUUCUACGAGGCUUUCUAUCUUUACCUUUAUUUUGGAAGCAUGAUUUUUUUGCUGUACAUGUACGCGAUGCUUCUCAGAGACAACAAACCCAAACGAUCCGACAGCAAACGCAAAGAUGUCUGCGAUCUGGAUUCGUCUGGAUCAUCCAGCACGACCGGAGGCGACAGCGAGUCUCCGGACAGCGGAUUUCCGCACUUGCGACCGGCCCAACACUACGGAAGCUUCUAUCUUCGGAUGGGCGCUGUUGCCUUUGGCAUCGGUUCCAUGAUUUACUCCGGACUCGAAUUUGGCCAAUAUUUCGAACUCGAACGAAACACCAAGUGCCACAACAUCAUGCUCGCCCUCACGCCAUCCACGCGAAUGGCCUUCAUUUUCAUUCAAAUGUAUUUCAUCUUUCUGAACAACGAGCAAAUGAAAAUCUACCGGCAUCGAGUCGUGGCGCGAUUCGGGCUGAUGCACAUGAUCGGGACUAAUCUAUCGGUUUGGCUGAACGUCCUCGUGCAGGAAACUAAGCACGAGAUCCUCACGUUUUACGAUCCUGAGAAUAAUUCACUGAGAAUUUCUCACAGGCUUGGCUCGAAAGCGGGAAUUCAUUUGGGAGGUCACAUCCACGGUCACCAUGGGGAGCACACCAGGCUGCCACGUGGUUUGAAAGGGCCUCACCACAUGUUCGAAUGUCGAAGGACCAACAUAAUGGGUUCGCUCGUGCAGGACGCCAGUCCGUUUUUAUUUCCGUGCACGAUCGAGUACAGUCUCAUUUGCGCUGCAAUACUGUACGUAAUGUGGAAAAACAUAUCGAAAAUAGGACCACUGCAUCCGGGAACUCCUCCUGGAACGAGACAUCACACUCACGCUUAUAGGAGAUCGCCGCACCACUACAGCGUGGACUGUGCUGGAGCGCACAAGGGUUUGUUCGUCGGGAUAUUGAUCCUGGUACUGACGAUAAUAUCGUUGAUAUUAUUUUUCGUCUUGAUAUCGCGUCCGGAGUUGAAAAGUUUCGCAGUGACGGAAGUGAACGUGUGCGAAUUGGCGUUGUACGGGAUGUCGACGCUCGCGACCCUGAUCGGGAUGAUACAGAUGAGGAAGCUGCGUUACGACGGGAGCAGGAAUCUCGAGCUCGAUAAUAUAUUGCUGGUCGCUGCUCAGACGGGGAUGUUCAUUUAUUCGACGUUCACGAUAAUCGGUGGUCAUUUCACGCUGCAAGACGAGACGAUUCUGGUCCUGAUAACGGCCCUGGCGAGCGUCAUUCAAACGACUUUCCAGACCAUUUUCAUUCUCGAUUCGUCGAGACGAUCGGUCUCGACUCCGGCCCAAAUAAAGCGAAAACCGGGCCGGGAAAUCGUCACGUUUUUGCUCGUGACGAACCUCGCGAUGUGGGCGAUCAACACCCUCGAAAAAUCUCGGGCCGAGUCCCACCCCGUUCAACUGAAUUUCUACGGGCUCUGGGCCUGGACCAUCAUCACUCACGUCUCCAUGCCACUCGCAAUUUUCUACCGGUUUCACAGCACCGUGUGCCUCUGCGAGGUCUGGAAAAGGGCGUACAAAGUCAAGCCCACAUACAUGUGACGCAAGGGGUCAAGAGGAAUGACCAAGUUCAUCGUUCCUUAUCAAACCGAACUCAGAAACAGCCAACACCCGAAAAACAACCUCCCACGCAUACAGCUCCCUCCCAAAAAUUAUCAACAGUACAGAGCCGCUGGACUCGGAGUCAUAGCCGAAAACGAUCCGGCCUACUUCAUCCGACAAUCUCCUUGCUGAAAUACGACACGAGACGAGCCGUUUCACCGUCGGAUGCGACUCUGAAACCAAUUUUUUUAAAUCUCACCAUUCUUGCACCGAUCCGGAGACCAAAAACGCUCGAUUCUCAUUUUCUUUCGUACCAAAACAACAACCGAUGGGAUGGGAUGGGAUUUGAAUAUCGGAGGAGGACGAUCGUCGACGAGCAAUUGGGAGGAAUAAUCUGUGGAAAUGUUCAUCCACGAUUAAAAAUCUCGUUUCUUUAUGCGUUCAAUUUCAAAUUUUAAACAAAAACUCAUUUGUCGGUCCGUGCGAAACGGAUUUCGAGGUCUCUCGAACGGUUUGUUUCCCCCAAAAUGUUUGAUCGCUCUCUUUCGAUCAAAUUUUUUCUACGAUUUUGUUUGAAAAUAAAAGCAAAGCGUGGCUAACGAGGGUUGGGAAGAGGCGCGGAGGAUAGAAUUUUCUCCCAAUGCGAAGCCACACAAGUGAGAAUAGUUGAUAUUUAUAUUACGGUUUACACGGGUCAGCUGUCGCAGGAUUUGGAGCGUAUGAAUUUACCAAUCACUUUUGAUAUACAGUAUUUACGAGGCUUUUUUAAAAAUAAUAAAUUUCGAAAAAAUAUGAAGAAAAACGAGAAAGAAGCAGAGUAGUUAUGAAAGGAAAACAAGUAUUUCAUCGAGAUCGAUACGAAGCCAAGUUCACAUACGAGUUUUGGCUCGUAGCUUGGUGAUUUUUGAUACCGUGUACAAGUCUGUUCGAUAUUUUGUCUCGUAGCGAAGAGAAAAUUAGAGCCAACACGUGGAAAUAGUACAGUAGAAUUCGUUUCGUCUACUUUUAUCUUUUCCAGUAAAAAGUUUAUCAAUUUUUUCUCCAAGCGGAAUAAAUAUUGAAAGAAAAAGAAAAAUAUAUAAAUUUCUAGCAGUAAAUCUGAAAGUCAUAUUUUUGCUCGAAUUUUCGUAGCUAUUAGAAAAAAAAAAACAAAACGUUCAAAUCGCAACGGGAACAAUAACGAGGAUGGGGAGGGCGAUGAAUCCGAAAAUUCGCGAGGCACCGAUCCGAAUUUUCAUUCAGGAAACGAUCAAUAACAUUAUUUCCUGCCCCGAUCGUAUUUCAAUCGAAUUAAGGCAGCUCUUGAUCGAACGAUGAAAUGAAUCGAUGACUGAAAAGUAACGAAAAAAUCAUUGGCUCAGUACUUUUCAAUAAAUUUCAACUUCCAUCAGCAAUGAAACUUUGAUCCUCGAUAAUAAAAUGCCAAAUUCAAUGGUCAUGAAAUAGAUAAUGGAUAAAUUGUAACUAAUUGAAAACGAAUUAAUAGAAAAAUCGUAAAGGGUCUUUUGUCGAAGUUAAACGAGAUGAAAAAAAUGUAACAAUCGGUAUUCUACUGUACAUUAUUCCUCGCAAUCACGCACAACCGAUCUACACGGUCCCAAUAACGUGACCAUCCUACUUAGGUCCAAUUGAAAGCGACGAAUAUAUAUGUACGUACGUAUAAGCGACGACGUUGCUUGGUUAAAAAGCUCGUUUCCGUGAGAGAUAGAUUGACCACCGGCAGUUCAUUAUCCGGCCACAUGUUGAAUCGGGCGAUCUCUUUCAAUGUCAGACACUCGGAGAGGCCGAGAGAUAAUCGAGCACGUGCUCUCAACGAGUUCACUCGCACCUGGCAAUCCGCCAAAAUUAAACAGGGGCAUUAAUCUCUCGAGCAUUGAGGGAGAAAAUUCUCGAAAAUUUUGAGCCAACGGGUGCAGCGACAAAAGCUGUCGGUGUUUUCAAAGCUUUUUCAUCGAUCGACGAUUUUUCGUGAAACAUUUCAUUUCAGAGGCUGCUAUAACGUCCAAAAUUUCAGAAUUCAUUAUUCCGAGGCUUCGGCCCCAUUCUUCUCGUCGGAUUUCAACGAAACUUGCAUUUUCUCAUCCUUUUUUUAUUUCAAAAGUCACAAAUUUCGUCAUUCUCAAUUGGUAAUUACGAUAUUUUCGAUAAUUCUACGAUACUACGAAGAAGAGCAAGAACAUUUCAAACGCCUCACGAAUCCAAAGCACAAAUAUUUCGAGAACUCUUUGAAAAAAUGUCGAAUGGACAGGAGACGAAAAAUUUUCAAAAAAACCAUUUUCUAAACGAUCGUAAAGAGGUGAAGCUUUUUAGUAUCAGAGUCCGAAUAAAUGGACUCGAACGAAAUCAUAUCACGAGUCCGUCGAGCUUGAAGGAAAAAAACAUGAAAAACCCUAUAAAAUCGAAGCCCGAAAGUCCAAGAAAUCAUUCGUAGGAAAAAUAUCGUUUAAAUAUUACGUAAAAAACGAAGAAAAGGGAAAACAAAAACGAAAACAAUUGGAAAGGGGAUCAAUUCGGUCGCUAUGCCGAUCGAUCGACGAUAUCUUAUUAGCGAAGCUGACCUAACUGCGCUCGAAAAUUUUUGUAUAAUUAAUUUUAAUGCUCAAAAUAAUAAGAUGCGAGAGGUGAGUAUGCGAGAAACGGGAAUGCAUGUUGUGUUCAUCCACUAAUACGUACGAUGACCCUAGAGUCCGUGAUAAUAGUAGAAAAGUGGAUUUUAUAUAGUUAUAUAUACAAAUAUUGAAAUAAAUAUAUGAAUUAUUAUGAAUAAUGGAGUACAUAAUUCGUCAAUGCGCUAGGCACUUUACUUUGCUGAUUUUUGCUACAUCAUAACAAUCAAAGUUGCAAAUCUUUCGUUAUUUAAAAACAACGUUCUUUAUUAAUUCCUAUAUUUCUCUGCUAAUCAAAAAAACAAUCUUAAUCAUCAAAUUUGCUCGUACUAACCACGAGAAAUCUUCGUUAAAUUGACGUCGGAAGUGCGUUCAAAACACGUGCAGCAAAAAGCGUUCGUUUUAUACCAGAAACUUGUCAAAAUUCACUUUUUCAAGAAAUCUAAGAUUUGCAACGAUGUGAAACGACGAGAAAAUUCAAAGUGUAUGUACCUAAAUACGAGUCGAACGUUCUAAACGGCCAGUAUACACGAGAAAAGACCCAGAUCGGAUUAAAAAUGCGAUGUAAGAUACACGACUAGCUGACUAAUUAAGGGGGGAGGGGGAGGGGGGGGGGGGGCGCGCACGGAGAUAAGAAGCAGAAGGAAAUGGUGAAAUCGUAUGCACGAGGGAGAAAUGAGGAAAUUUUUUGUAAAUAGACGAAUGAAUGGGGUUCCUCUCGAUGUUUAGAUUAGCAAGUGUCAAAAUGUUUCUUCCUAUUAUACGAUAUAAACAAACAGCAACAAGCGAAGCAGCACGCAUAGAUUUAUUACAUGAAAUGAAAAAGAAAGCGAAAAAAAAAAAAAAAAAGUAAUAAAAUAAAAACAAAUAAGAAUUUAUAUUAAAUUAUAUAUAAAUAUAUAUAAAUAUAUGAAUUAUAUAUAUUAUAUAUAUACAGCAUAUAUAUUUAUUAUUGCGUUAUAAUAUUGUAAUAAUUUAUUGUAAUAUCGACAUAACGAUGUACCGCGCACAAAGUUACGAAUCUGUUCGACGAGACUCUUAUUUCGAGGAUCAACUUCGUACCGCAGUUGGUUGGUAUCGUUUCGAAUGAAAAAAAUUUUCGAAACGAUUGUUUUUCGAUAAAAGCCGAUCGGAGAUAAUUUAGUGAGAGAAAAACGUUGAUUUAUUGGCCGGGGGGGGGGUCGUUGUAAUAAGGGAUGAAAAUUUCGUUUUUAUUGAAAUGUGAAAUUGAAUAUAUAUUUUGGAGAUUUUUCGUUGCUUUUGUAGGAAGAUUAUUCGAGGAAUUUUUUCAUUCGAACGGUGGCAAUCGGUGUGCUCAAAUUAUUGUGGGUUUGCAGAUUUACGUCGUGCGUGCAAUUAUAAAGAGAGAAAGAGAGAGAGAGAGAGAGAAAAAAAAACACAGAAAUAAUUUAAAAACUAGUCAAGUUUUUCGUCGCUCAAAGUACCAACAAAGCUCGAGCAUAUUUUCACGAAUACGAUUAGCGCUCUUCAACAAUGUUUUUCAACGUGGACACUCCGCUUUCUUAACCAACUUUUUUCUCACGUUUUUCUUUCAAGAUCCCCUCGAGAUCGUUCUCCCAAGUGUCUCGUACACUCGUUUUUGUAAACGUUUUUCCUUUUUUCAACGCCCUCGAGAAGAGUCUCGUCACCGAGUCUACUGAAUUAUACUUUUCCUUUCUCCUCCUCUCCUCGCUCCUACUUUUUUCUCACUCGCGAAAUAUCGAAAUCUCGAUGUUACAAAUUUCUCUAAAUACCCAAAACACACGCUGUAUACUUUUUUCUAUGUCCGCAUAACUCUAGUUCCUAAA